CGAGACUCGUUCAUUUGAUCGAUUCUCGUAUAUAAUGCCGAUGGCUAGCAGAUAGAUUCUCAGAAUUCGUUCAUUAUUUGGAGGUAAAAGACCUAGGAGUCGAGGCCUUCCUCCAGAAUGGGUUGCACUCUAAGUGCAGAAGAUAGGGCAGCCCUUGCACGGAGCAAAGCCAUCGACAAAAACUUAAAAGCGGACAGCGUCCGUGCGGAAAGAGAAGUCAAGUUGUUGCUGCUAGGGGCAGGAGAAUCUGGGAAAAGCACCAUAGUAAAGCAAAUGAGAAUCAUUCAUGACCGUGGUUUCACUGCAGAGGAUUACAAUCAAUAUAAGCCCCUUGUUUUUAGCAAUGCGAUCUACUCUCUUCUAAAAAUCAUUCGAGCCAUGGACAAGCUACGAAUAGACUUCGAAACAGACGAAAGACUGACGGAUGCGAAGAUGGUUUUCGAUGUGGUAGCCAGGGCGGAUGACCAAGAGCCGUUCACGCCCGAGUUAACAGGAGCCAUGAAGCGGUUGUGGCAAGACGGAGGUAUAAUUCAGUGUUUCAGGAGAGCCAGAGAAUAUCAACUCAACGAUUCAGCGAAAUACUAUUUAGAUGCACUUGACAGAAUUGGAGCCCCUGGUUAUGAACCAACAGAACAGGAUCUCUUACGAACAAGAGUAAAAACAACAGGCAUUGUUGAGGUGCAAUUCGAUUUCAAGAGACUUCAUUUCAAAUUAUUUGAUGUUGGAGGACAAAGAUCGGAGCGUAAAAAGUGGAUUCACUGCUUUGAAGAUGUCACAGCAAUAAUAUACUGUGUUUCAUUAAGUGCAUACGACUUGACACUGCAAGAGGAUGAAACUACAAAUCGGAUGGAAGAAAGUUUAAAAUUGUUUGAGUCAAUAGUCAACAACAGAUGGUUUGUUGAAACGUCAGUUAUACUCUUCCUCAACAAAAAGGAUUUAUUUGAAGAAAAAAUAACAACUUCACCACUCACAAUAUGUUUUCCAGAUUAUUCAGGUCCAAAUACAUAUGAAGAUGGGUGUGCCUACAUUAGGAAACAAUUUGAGGCAAAAAACUUGAACGAUGAAAAAGAGAUAUAUGUUCAUCUUACAUGUGCAACAGACACUCACAAUAUCACUUUUGUAUUUAAUGCUGUUACUGAUACAAUAAUUGCCAAUAACCUCAAAGGAUGUGGAUUAUACUAAAUCGAUGAGCAUGAGCCUUCAGCAUUAUCAAGAAAUCCUUCCAAGAAACAUUGCUGGAUGUCUCAAGGAAAUGGUAAUUGCGUGAAAUUCAUCAAGCUGGUGUCAACGUCGACAUGAAAUACAAUUCGUAUAAAAUGGAAAGAGAUUCUGGUUAUGGAGGAAACCCUUCGUACAGUGACUUCAAGAUAAUGAUGUGGUUCAACGAAGUAGAACAAAAAGACCAAAGCCACUGGCCAACAUUAGUUUUGCAUGUGGAUUUUAAACCUCUCUACAAGUUCAUUUGCAUAAUACUCUCCACCAUAAUGUACUGUACUUUUGGGAGAAUUCAGAAUUAAUCUUCUUCCAACUGCAUCUCAAUACACACAAUUAAAAGAAAGACCAAAGAUAUUCAUUAAUUUUUUUUAUUUUUGAUUGAAAUUUUUAUUCAUGUCACAAUAUACCCUGUAAAUUUACAGUAAUGAUAACGUGCAAAUGCCAUGGUUUUUAAGCUUGUACCCUUUCGAUCCUCUUAUUUCUAAUGCUGGGUCUUGUUGAUUGUGUCAAAGUCUCAGAUAUUAGGAUCGAAUGAGAAGAGAACACUGUAUAUGUAGGAUUUAUAAUUAUUAUUAAUAUUAACAUAGCUCAUGAAAUUACCUCGCCUACUUAACCAGUAGUUCAUUUUAGAACAAAAUUUUGGAGCUCUUCUGAGAGUAUGAUGGACUGAAACGAAAUAGAGAUCUUCCGUUCAUUGUACUUGUCUUUGUGCUUUAUUCUCCUAAAUUAUGGAUAAGCAAUAACUUGUAAUCUGUUUAUGGGUUGUUGUUAAAUAGUUAACAUAUGUACCACUGUCUCAGUAUACAAACAACAGCACUGAGCAUCAAUCACUGUUUAAAAUUUGCUUCAAAUGAUACUUUCAAAAGUUGCACCAUUUAAAGAUGUUUACUUGACAGCUCUUGCCACUUAGACAUACAAACUGAUGUAAAUUUAACAAUUUUUAACAACAACUGUCUUGUUCAAUAUUCCUCAUGCUCCUCUCAUAUUCAUGGAAGUUACAAUAACGUCGCAGAUGUUAACAAUUUAUUGUCAUUAUCAA